AUGGGUUUGGCAGGAGUUAAAGUGAAGCAGAGGUUCGGACUAGAUCCAAGAAACACAUCAUGGUCGAACAACACUGAAAGAUUUGGACAUCAAUACCUCGAGAAAAUGGGCUGGGCCCCUGGGAAAGGGUUGGGUCUUGUCGACCACGCCACAACCUCUCACGUGAAAGUGAGCAUAAAGACAGACAACUCUGGGCUAGGUUCGAAGUUGGCCAAAAAGACAAAAAAAGACGAGUUUGAUAGCGGUGAAUGUGCUGGUCUUGAUGUAUUCCAGAGAAUUCUCGGGAGACUCAAUGGAAAGGAGGAGCAAGUCAGCAGUGAGUUAGACAGGAAGAGAACCGACAAUAUAGUGAAUGGAAAGUGGGGCAUGCACUUUAUCAAGGGUGAGACCCUCAGCAGCACCUGGGAUUCCGAAAGCAAAAAGCUUUUAUUGUACUCAUCAAAGAAAAGACUGUCGCCUGAAGAUGACGAGCCCGCAGGAAGGAAGUCCAAGAAAAGCAAGAGUGCUUCUUUGAGGGAUGAGAGAAAGGAAAAGAAUGAGAAGAAGGAGAAGAAGGAGAAGAAGGAGAAGAAGGAGAAGAAGGAAAAGAAGGAAAAGAAGGAGAAGAAAGAGAAGAAGCAGAAGAAGGAAAAGAAGGGAAAGAAAGAGAAGAAGGACAAGAAGGAGAAAAAAAAGGACCUGAGAUUAGAAGCGCAGCUGUCUGGUAAUGAGCAAGCCACAGAAGUGACAAGAGAAAGCAUGCUACAACCACGGGAAGGCAAUGAGAAGCAGAUCGCGACACGGUUGUCAGCUAGGGCCAAAUGGAUCCGGCAGAAGCGUGCCUCUGUGAUGGAUGCCAAGGCUCUUAAUGAGAUUUUUAUGAUCACAAACUAG